AUGGCUUGUGCGAUGGCGACUACCCCUUACUGUUAUUUUCAAGAUGACGAUUGGAUUAUUCGGCAUAUGCGUUCUAUGUAUGCUAACUUUCUACGUUUUCCAAAUUUAAUUCACACCGACACAAAUGCGGACGUAUAUUCCCUAACCAAUUGGAAAUGGUGUUUUUUUGAUGAUUUUGUCGAUCUACAUGCUUGCUUUUCUUGGGUUGGAACCGGUGCUUUUGCUUCUCGAGAUAAUGUAGUAAGAUUCCUCAAAAUGGCUUCGAUCACUGAAAUGGAUCCAACUGAAUUUGCAUAUGGUGAUAUGUAUUUCACGACAUUUAUGAACCAAGUGCCAUAUCAGUUGGAGAAUGAAUUAAUGGAACUACCGCAGGAAAAUGCUUUUAGUGCUGGAGAAGGAAGAAUCCGCAACAAAAUUUAUAUGCACAAAGCUUUAGUACGUUUAUACGAUCACCUAAGUCGUAAAACAGGAGCCUUUGAAACUAAGGAAAUUUCGCCUAGCAUAUAUCAACGCGACGUACGCUCUCCUUGCGCGAAUGACAGAUGUUUAUUUCUCACAAAUAAGCAUUCAUUUCCGGACGUUCGAGCAUUUCGUUAUAGACCAUAUAUUAAUAUUAGCGAGUCUGAACGAGUUCACGAGAGCUAUUACGAUACUAGACAUUUCAUUCGUCAUCCUUAUUCGCAUGCUGUAGAUGAUAAAGAUUGGACUGCAUGGAAAUCACAAGAGGUCAUCCGUAAGGAUGAUUAUAUUAGCUUAGAUUUGUUGUUCCCGAUGCCAUUCCCACUCAUAUUUACUCUCAUAGUCGAUCACCAUAGAGAUUAUUUUUCUUCGUUAAAUAUGAAGAUACAGAUAUCUUAUAAUGGAAUAGAUUGGAUACAAUUGUCACCAUUACCGAAAAUAGAAGUUCGACAACUUCCACGAACUGGCCUUGACGGAAGAACACAUUUAUUAUUAUGUACUUUUCAAAUUAGAGAGACUGGUAUCCGUUUUGUAAAAUUAACUAGUACCAGAGAAUGGGAAUUUCCAUAUGGUAUUUAUGAUUUUUCCUUCCGUGCUCGUAUUGAUAGACUUGACAGUGGCAUAGAUGAUUAG